CCGAACUCUCUAAAGCCGAACAAGAAAACUGAGACCCGUUCACAUUUUAAAACAAUUGUUUUGAUAGAAUUUUAUAACCAAAGCUACGUAAGAAUCAAAAUGUCGCACCAAAUUGGAGUCAUGUGCUUGGGUCACACGGACUCAGUGGUGGAGUUAUCCUUCAGCAAGGACUUUGGCUCGGGCUUUUACCUGGCCUGCGCAGGACUCGACGGAAUGGUGUCGCUGCGACAUGGUGACACUGGCAACUGGAUUGCGAAUCUAAAGAAGCACAAGGAGAGCGUGUGGACCGUGUGCUUCAGCGAGGAUGCCAGGAUCCUGGCCAGUGGCGGAGGUGAUAAAAAAGUCCGCAUCUGGGAUGCCUUGCUGGGGAAGCAGCUGUCGAGGUAUCCGCAUCGGGAAACAGUAUCCUGUUUGGACCUGAAUCCCACGGCCAGUCGAAUGGUAAGCGGUUGCCUCGGCCAGAAUCCAUGCGUUACCCUCUUCGACCUGGAAAAGUCGAGCAAGAAGCCCUUGAUGGAAUUCCGGGGUCACAAGCGUGGUGUGCGGGAUGUCAUCUUCUGCUUGGAGGAGCGCUGCAUCCUCACCUCCUCCUACGAUCGCUCGGUGAAGAUGUGGGAUUGCCUGACCGGGGCACACACCCACUCCAUAGAGCUACCGCACCACGCCAAGUCCAUGGAGCUGCACUACGAUCGGGAGAUAGUCACCAUAUCCUUUUCCCACGGCGUGUUCUUCCUGGAUCCCCAGAAGUUCGAGAUCCUAAAGCACCGAAAGUUACCCUACAAAGUGACGGCGGCCGCGUUGCAUCCCAACAAGGAGAGCUACGCGUGUGGCAACAGUGAGGGCAACGUCUACAAGUACGACUACGCCACUGGGAAUACCUUGGGGGUCUACCAUCCCGACGAUAAGUCGCCCGUUUGUUUCCUGCGGUUCAGUCCUGACGGCGAAAUAUGUGCCAUGGGCCUGGAAAAUGGAAAUAUCACUCUCUGGCGACAGAACAUGGACAAGAAGUACGGGCUGUGGACUAGUAUUAGCUCCUGGGAAGACGACGAUGAUGAUGACGGAGAUGUGAACGAAUCCGUCAGUUAAAUCAGUUGGACCCCCUACACAACUGUACCCUGCUUUGAUUCGAGUUCCCGAGUUGGUUAAUUUUGUUUUUGUUCGUUCAGCAUCAUCAUUCCCCACAAUCGAAGUCAGGCAAGGGUCACGUUUCUUUCCCUCUAAUAAAUUUGUCUUGUGAUUGAAAACC